UAGACACAGAAGAAGAAACAGGCAAAGAUGGCUGCCUCCGUUCAGUGAAGGGGACAAAAUACACGUUUAGACUCUUGUAGACCACAUAAUAUUAUAAUACAACUGUAAAGACAAUGUUUUUAAAACACAGCUUGAUGUCAGCGGCAUCGGCAGUGCGAACAUGGAGUGUUGUGUCGUGUGUGAAACACGGUGGUGGUGUAGUGCAGCUCGGUCACUGCAGCUCCAGGGGACAGCAGCGCUGUGGCUACUUCACCUGGAUGGCGUCGGGUUCAGCUAAACGUAUGUCCGUAUUCUCCAGUAUUGUGUCAGAGAAGAUCGUGUGCAUUGGCACAGUUAUGUCACCUGGAAAUGAAUCCUGCACAAGCCAGCCAGUGAGACAGUAUGCCCGAGCUGCCCAAAAAAAGUCAGAAUUUCAGAGUCAGCUACAAGACCUGCCAGCAUCAAUGCUGAAACUAGAAUAUACUUCGGUUCCACUGGCUCACACGGUUGAUGGUGUGGUGAAGAAACUUCUCUCACUGGAGCUUGCAAGUCAUAGUGAACGACUCCGCCUUAAAGAGAAAGAGCUGAUUGCAAAGGUUCAGAGACAUGAAAAUGAUCGCAGCUCAACAGAGGUUAAGGUGGCCAUUCUAACAGCAAGAAUACGCAAUUUUCAGGAGCACUUACAGAAGCACUCUAAGGACAAAGCUAACAAGAGGUGGAUGUUGAUGAGCAUUGACCGCAGGAAGAAAUUGCUCAAAUACUUGAGAAGGUCACGAUACGAUGCUUUUGAGAAGGUCUGUGCAGAACUGGGGAUCACAUACACCUUCCCACCAGAGUAUUACAGACGGGCAACCAGACGCUGGCUGGCUAAGAAAGCCCUCUGCAUCAAGGUCUUCAAAGAGGUCCAGAAAAAAAAGGCAGAGAAGAGAAAUAAGGCUCUAGCUCAGAAUAACCCUAGGAUCACAACAUCUAACUCUACAGAAUCCCAGGGGACUCCAGUAUAACAAAAUCCACAAAAAUCAAAAAAAUGUCUUACACUUUAAUAUCAUGCAAUAUAACUAAUAAAACCUGCAGAGAACUAAAUGCUGAA